AUGGCCUUUUGGGGAGCCGUGUGCUGCAAGGGCGCGCCGCCGUCCGAGGACACGGAGCUGUACAUAGACGACGAACGGCUUGUUCGCGAGGCUGCCUUUGAUGACGACCUGCGGAGGAUCAAGCGACUGCGUGCGCAGCAAAAGGUUAAUGGUGUUCCGUUUGACUAUGCCUUUGUCAACGAGGCCAAGAGCCGGGCGGAGAUGACGGCGCCCGAGCCCGAGUGGGGCUCGCUCGACGCAUACAAGGUCCACUGGGACGAGCUGCUCGGCGAGGGCGCGUUUGGAGCGGUGUAUCGUGCGGUGCGGCGGUCGGACCGGGCCAAGGUUGUGGUCAAGACCAUCAAGCCGGAGAAGGAGAAGCCGGCAGCGGUGCGGCAGGAGGUGAUGAUGCUCAAGCUCCUGGGCAAGGGCCCCAACAUUGUGCAGAUGUAUGACACGGUGAUGCAGCCGGAGACCGGGCUCAAGGCGCUGGUCUUUGAGCAUGUGGACAACCCCAAGUACAAGAAGGUCUUUGCCGCCAUGUCCAACACCGAGGCGCGGUCGUACCUGUACUCGCUCGCCCUCGCCAUCCACUACACCCACUCGCAGGGCAUUGUCCAUCGCGACAUCAAGGCCGGCAACGUGCUGUACAACCCCAAGACCCGCGAUCUCCGGCUCAUUGACCUCGGCUUUUGCGCUCACUUUAUGCCCAAUGUCGAGUGGACAAACUGGCCGGGCACCCGCUCGUACAAGGCGCCUGAGCUCUUCCUCCACUACCGGUACUACGACUACCAGUCGGACAUGUGGUCGUUUGCAUGCAUCAUGGGCCAGAUCAUUUUCCAGCGCCGCUCCAUGUUCGAGUCGGACCGCGGCGGCGACGACCGCGAGCUCGGCAACCGCAACCACAUGGUUGCCUAUGGCUCGACGCUGCGCGCCCGCGAGAAAUAUCCCAUCCGCCUGUUUAAGGCCGAGCGCUGCAAGUCGUCGCGCGUCAACUGGUCCAUGCUCGUCAACAGGACCAACAAGCAUUUGGCCUCGCCCGAUGCCAUCGAUCUCAUUGACCAGCUCCUUGUCUACGACCACGAGCUCCGCUACACUGCCCGCCAAACCCUGGCCCACCGCUACUUUGACCCCAUCCGUUCGCUCGAGUACACCCAGCUGCUCUUCUCUUCGGGCCGCUUCUCGUCGCUUGUCGAAGAGUCGACCCGCUACACCAUCUCUCCCUCGGCCUCGUCGCGCUCGGCCUCAGCUUCGGGCUCUGGCUCCGGCUCCGGCUCCAGCUCCGGCUCCGGCUCUAGCUCUAGCUCUAGCUCUGGCUCUGGCUCGUAUGCCUGCCACUUUGACGUCUCGCCCAACAUCGAGUACGACCGCGACUCGUCGUGGUCAGAUGACGACCAGUCGGACUCGGCCUCGCAGCCGCGCAAGGCCAAGUCCAAGUCCAAGUCCAAGUCCAAGUCCAAGUCUAAGGAUUCCAAGGAUGCAAAGUCCAAGGCCAAGGCCAAGGCCAAAGCCAAGGAGAGCAAGCCCGCCAAGGACGGAAAGGCAUCCAAGGCCAAGGCCAAGGCCAAGUCCAAGUCCAAGUCUAAGGAUGUCAAGGAUGCAAAGUCCAAGUCCAAGGCCAAGGAGAGUAAGCCCGCCAAGGACGGAAAGGCAUCCAAGUCCAAGGCCAAGAAGCGCGGCAAGUCGAGCAGACAAGCCAAGCUGUCAGCGUCGUCGUCGACCAUCGAAGCGUCGUCGGCAGCGGCGGCUAGGCCGCCCAAGGCCGAGUCGCCGCGCUCCGGCUACGAGUUGAGCUCGCCUCCGCGUCCCGCAGGACGCAGGUCCAAGCCCGUGACGCUUUCGUCACCGUCAGACUCGUCAUCAUCGUCAGACGACAACAGGCUGUGAUGUUGGCUCACGGCUGCGCUUUAAACUCCAGCCGCCCGC